CUCCGCCAAAAUCCAUACAUUUCAUCUCUCUCGCCUUCUUAUUCGUCGCCGGAAGGAAAUGACUUCGCCGGGAAUUGUUGUCUGGAGGAACUUUCGACGCUAUUAAUCGGAAGAAUCGAGAGUCACGGAGGAGCAACCAAAAAAAGAAAAGUCGCCUUUUUUGCUGGGUUGGUUUGAUAACAUUUUUUUUAAUCUGUGUGGAUGAUGAGUUUACAAAAAGGCGCGAGAGAUGAGAAUCGUUUCACGGUGAAAAAGAGACCAACGGGGUUUUCUGAAUCGGUCAUAUAAAGCUUCUGAUUUGCAUUUUCAUGCCCUCUGGUUAUAAACAUUGAAAAAUUUGUAUCCGUCGUACGGUACGGACGCUUGCUUAGCUUGAUUGUAUAGAUAUUGGAAUGGGGAAGGUGUUGGUGAUGUUAACUGCAGCCACGGCGGUGCUGGCUUGUUCGGUGGCGACGGUGAUGGUGAGAAGUAGGAUGAAACGUCGGAGGAAGUGGAGGAGAGUGGUGGGGAUACUUCAGGAUUUGGAGGAAUCGUGUGAGACGCCGUUGGGAAGGCUGAGGCAGAUGGUGGAUGCCGUAGCUGUGGAGAUGCAAGCUGGUUUGGUCUCUGAAGGAGGCUCCAAGCUUAAAAUGCUGCUUACUUUCGUCGAUGAUCUUCCCAAUGGGAGCGAGAGAGGAACUUACUAUGCACUUCAUCUUGGAGGCUCUUACUUUAGGAUAAUAAGGGUUUAUUUGGGUGGUCAAAGAUCGUCUCUUCAAGUUCAAGAUGUUGAACGACAUUGCAUACCCACAUCUUUGUUGAAUAGCACCAGCGAGGUUCUCUUCGACUUUCUCGCAUCGUCCUUGCAGAGGUUUAUUGAGAAAGAAGGACACGAGUCCAUUUCGUCACAAGAUGUAAAAAGGGAACUUGCGUUUACUUUUUCUUUCCCUGUCAAGCAGACGUCUCUCUCUUCAGGGGUCCUUAUCAAAUGGACCAAAGGAUUUGCAAUCAGUGAAAUGGCUGGGGAAGACAUUGCUGAAUGCCUUCAAGGAGCGUUGAACAGGAGAGGGCUAGAUAUACACGUUGCAGCUCUUGUGAAUGAUACAGUUGGGGCACUAUCCUUUGGACAUUAUCAUGAUCCAGACACGAUUGCGGCUGUUGUCUUUGGAACAGGUAGUAAUGCCUGUUACCUUGAACGAACUGAUGCCAUAAUCAAGUGUCAGAAUCCGCGCACAACUUCUGGAAGCAUGGUGGUCAACAUGGAGUGGGGAAACUUUUGGUCAUCUCGUCUGCCAAGAACUUCAUAUGACAUUGAGUUGGAUGCAGAUAGUUUGAAUUCAAAUGACAUGGGAUUUGAGAAGAUGAUAGGAGGGAUGUAUCUGGGCGACAUUGUCCGCAGAGUAGUUCUUCGUAUGUCAAAAGAGUCUGACAUCUUUGGACCCAUCUCAUCCAUUUUAUCGACGCCUUUCGUUCUAAGAACAGAUUCUGUCUCAGCAAUGCACGAGGAUGACACACCCGAGUUACAAGAAGUUGCAAGAGUCUUGAAACAUUUAGGGGUAAGAAAGGUACCAUUGAAGGUGAGGAAACUUGUAGUGAAGAUAUGCGACGUAGUGACACGCAGGGCGGCUAGGCUGGCCGCAGCAGGAAUCGCAGGAAUCCUAAAGAAGGUUGGGAGAGAUGGGAGCGGAGGAGGAGGAAGGAAAAGCGAUAAGCAGGUGAUGAGAAGAACGGUGGUGGCAGUAGAAGGAGGUCUCUAUUCGAAUUACAGGAUGUUUAGAGAAUACAUGGACGAAGCUUUGAUAGAUAUACUGGGAGACGACGUGGCUCAACACGUAGUGAUUAAGGCCAUGGAAGAUGGCUCCAGCAUCGGCUCUGCGUUGUUGGUGGCUUCGUCCCAUAGUGUUCGAACCAUAGCAUCCGUAUGAGUGUAGUAGUUGUGCAGAUAUACAAUGUAUAGUCGAUUGUUUUAGACGUUCAGUAAAUAAAAUAUUGUAGGAUGUUUUUUCAUCUCUUUAUAAAUAUCGUUUCUCCUCUUUCUUAAACCCUUAAAACCCAUCGUAAAGCGGCAGCCUAGGGUUGGCGACUUUUCUCGAAUUCCCCAUGGACAACAACUCUAGCAAAGCGAAGAAACUGGAUUGGUUCGAGAGUGAUGCUGCUAUGAAAGCCUUCAUGGCAAAAGGCAGACUGCCCCGGGUUAGGGUUUCCGUUGAGGGAUACGACACUUUGGUUCCUCAGGAAGAUAUCAAGAAGGCGUUGACUAAUCACUUCAUUUCAUGCGGCGAAGUCGUUAGUGUAACAUUCUCUCAAGGCCGUGUCGGGCGUGCUUUUGUUGCUCUUCGCGGAGAUGGCGUAGAAGGGAAGGCGUUGCAACUUGAUGGAAGUGACGUGGGAGGAUGGAAUGCCCUUGUGAAGGUUACACCGACAGAAGACGAGGUGACUCUACGUUAUGAAGCCCGUCUUGAUAGAGAGACUUACAAGGACAAAAGAUUUAGGUUUGGCAUUACCGUUUGGGGAUACGACACUUCGCUUCCCGUGGAUGAUGUCAAGAGCACUUUGAUGAAACAUUUCUCUUCUUGCGGUGACAUCACACAUGUUUUUAUGAAUAUCCUCGACAGAGAGGCUAAUAUUUAUUUUUCCGGACGAGACGGAGAAGAAAAGGCGCUGAAACUUGAUGGAAGUGAAGUGGGAGGAUGGAAAUUAGCUGUUACUGGCGUAGCUACAGUGAGAAGUAACCCGCGCUUCUCGAAGAAAAGUCGUCUUGGCUAUUGUAUCCCAGCUCAUUGUAUUGAGAUGGCUGACGAGAACCAUGCCAAGGUCAUGGCUCUUAAGAAGGAGCGAGGGUUGGUGUAGAAGUCUUUCUCGACGAGACGAAGCUCUUUGGUGUUUUUAUAAAUCGUGUGGUAUAUUAUGCAGCCUUUUGUCCUUUAAUUACCUAAAUCGUGUCAUAUAAUAGUAAACACAAAGGCAGGUCCAGCUCAAACAAAUGUUGGACCCUACACCAAAUUUCUUUUAAAAACUUGAAAAUUUAGCUGUAAAUCUGAAAAUUUGGACCCUUACUUGCACAAUUCUAUAAAUUUGAGGACCCUUAAAUGUAUAGAAAUUUGUAAAAAGUGAGUGGAUCAUGUACUUUUGUAUUGUUGGUACACCCAUAGAACCGGGCCUGUAUCUAUGUUCUUCCAAACCAUAUACUAUAUAGAUGGCUCCAGCAUCGGCUCUGCUUUGUUGGUGGCUUCAUCCCACAGUGUUCGAACCAUAGCAUCCGUAUGAGUGUAUUUUUUUUUUUUUUGGGUAAAAUAGUAUGAGUGUAGUUGUGCAGAUGUACAAUGUAUAGUCGAUUGUUUUUGUAAAUAUUGUAGGAUGUUUAUCACUUUGUUUCCUCC